AGGUCCAUUUACACUAUCUGAUUUUUUGGUUCGACUUUGGUUACUGUCAUUAUGACAUAUCUGCUCGAAUUUGCUUUCGAUUGAUAUUGUCGAAACUCUUUGUUGUGUGGUGUUCACACUUGUCAUCCGUGUUGAACAUAUGAACUACGAACUACCAAAAAUCUCAGUCCAGAAUUCAAAACAAAACAUCCAAAAUGAAAUUCCGAAAAAUUAGAAAAAUUGCUGUCGCUGCGGCUGCUGUUUUUGGAUUUAUUGCAUUAUAUAAAGCUGGCAAAAGAAGAAGGAGUUUGUGGAGCAGGCAGUGGUUGCUGCGGAGAAGUACUGGAAGGGAUCUGGCGCAUCUUGUGUUGCACGAAUUACGGUAUGAAGACGUGAAAGCAUUCCAAAACUUUGUCAGGAUGUCAGUAUCAUCCUUUGAUAAACUUGUGGUGAAAGUGCGUCCCUACAUCGCAAAACAAGAUACAAUUUUGCGGGAAGCUAUCCCCGCAGAAACAAGAUUAUUAGUGACAUUAAGGUUCCUGGCAACUGGAGAAACAUACCAUAAUCUAUCAUAUGGGUUCAGAAUUUCCGUUCCGGCACUAUCACAAAUUAUUCCAGAAACCCUUGAAGCUAUAUACGCCGUGCUGAAAGAUGAUUACAUGAAGAUGCCUCAAACAAAAGAAGAAUGGGUGAAAAUUGCGAAUGAUUUUCACAAAAAAUGGAAUUUUCCAUUUUGUCUUGGUGCAUUGGAUGGAAAGCACAUUGCUAUUGAGGCCAAAAAGGAAUAUGGAUCUUAUUUUUAUAAUUAUAAGUGCUUUCAUAGUGUAAUAUUAUUAGCUUUGGUGGACGCUAACUAUCGUUUCAUUUAUGUUUAUGUUGGAGCAAAUGGAAGAGCUAAUGAUGCAGCAGUUUUUCACGAAUCAUCUCUUUGCAAGGGUAUCGAGAUGAACUUAUUCGAUUUUCCAGAAGACGAAGCCAUUCCUGGAAUCGAAGGCAAGCUUCCCUACGUUAUGGUGGGUGAUGACGCAUUCAGGCUCGGAAGAAGAAUCAUGAAACCUUUUGGGCAACGAUCAACAAUAGAACAGAAAAUAUUCAACUAUCGUUUGAGCAGAGCACGACGCGUAUCUGAAAAUGCAUUUGGACUGCUUUCAAACAAAUUUCAAAUUUUCCAAAAAGAGAUCAAUUUACCACUUGACAAGGUUGAACAGGUAGUUAUGGCAGCAUGCGCUCUCCAUAAUUAUAUUCGCGAUGAAGACGGCUUCGAUAGUGCCAGUGUGGAUAAUGAGAACAUACAAACUAUUUCUAUAACACCCGGGUCAUGGCGACAGAAAACUUUCAUCACAAAACUGGAAAAAUCAAAAGUAAACCGUUCGUGCGAUGCAGGUCUUGAAAUACGACAGCGCUACAUGGAAUAUUUUAAUACAGUUGGAUGUGUACCUUGGCAAUGGAACGCUGUGAAAAAGUUUAACUUCUAAGAAAAAAUCUAAUAAAAUGAUUAAUGAUCAAGAAUUUUAUAUUUCUAACCAAUAUGAUGACAAAGUGAUUUCAUUCCUCCCUACCGUGGAAAUAUUAGACGGUAUUAGAGUGAAGAUGUUGCAUUUUAAUUCAUGGCUGCUACAGAUGGAGUAGGAUCUAGGAACCUUUGGGCAGGAGCUCCUAUUUUGGGCACUAGCUGCUAUAACUUCGUCAAUAUUAAACCGAUUGACUAGA